UGACAGACGCCCUGUUGCUUCUGCUGUGCUGGAACUAUGUUUUGGAAGCAUCAAUAAUCAGCCAGAGACCUGAAGUAGUGAUGGUGAAGGCCGGAGGUACAGUUACAUUGGAAUGUAAUGUGAAAGAGAUUAUAACAUACUGCUACCUAGUGACUUGGAUGAAAGUAGACCCCAGGACACAAACAGUAACAACGAGAACAAUGUUGAAAGACCCAAGGAGAAAUGAAGUUGGAGUAUGUUCUGUUAUCCUCACCAAUGCAAAAGUGAGCGACUCCGGCAUGUACUACUGUUCAGCAAUUCUAUCUGAGAUGAUCCACAUUGGCAAUGGUUCUAGAGUUGUUAUUUUGACAGAGAAAGAGACACCAGGGAACAUCACAGAAUCCACCACCAUCAAAAUCCUCUCAUCACCAGAAAGUGAUGGCUCCUCAGUCCCUCUCAUGUGUCUGGUGUCAGGAUUGGUCCCGUCUCAGGUCCGUGUGUUCUGGCUCAUAAAUGGGAGAGAGGAGAGUGGACGAACUGAGUCGGCGUGGAUAGACAACAGUGAUUCAGCAAAAGAGUUCAUUAGGAACCAGAUUCUGGUCCAGGCAGAGGAGUGGGACAGAGGAGCAGAGUGCACAUGUGUGGUGACAUUUGAAGGGCAGAAUAUCACCAAAACUGUGCAGAUCAGAAAUGAUUUCGACAGUAAAUGCACAGCACUGCUAUAUGGAGCUUCUGCAGCGGCUGUGCUUGUCAUUACAGUGACCGUCACGAUUGCUGUGUGCUUGCACUGUGGACAUCCAGUGCUAGCUGAUGCAAACACAAGGCAAAGUGUCACAGGCAGUGAGAUCAUACAGCGUCAAUCUGAGCGACGUGGAGAAGCAAACAAUGCAAUAAGAUCAUCUUUCUCUGAGGUCCAGUACACUACCUUAGACCACAAACAUUUCGGGAGACGCACAAAUACAGAUCUCUAAUGAGAUUUUGAAGUGCUACUUAAAAUAUUUGAAUAUUUUCAUUGUAUUUUCCAUGCAUUUGUAUAAAGCAUCAUGACUUUUAAACAUUUAAUUAUCUUUUUUAUUGCCGUUCAACUGUAUGAACAAUAGUGAUGAUCCAUUGCACACUUGAAUAGGUAACAAUGCACAUUUGAUAAAAGAGAAGAAACCAUCUGUAUUACAGUCAUUUCACACACUGUACAAUCUGAAUGUUAGCUUCCAUUUAAAUGCAGCUAGAUUAUGUCAUGUGACAAAUCUUGCCUCUAACAUUAAUCUAAAUAAAUUAGCCGUUGUUUAUCAGUGUCAUCCUCUUUGUCACCAAUGCCCCUUGAACACCCAUCAUUGUGAUCUUUACACUCUAGUAAAUUGAGCAGUGCUGCACACAUGACCCCAGACUCAUUGUCACCAGUUCAUCUGCAAGUCCCUUUUAAGCAAAUCCCCUCUUUACCUCAGUUUACUCCUCAACAUCAGC